GUCGGGCAUUGCACGGGCGGUUGUUAGUUUCGUUGUGGAUGCGCAACUGUGGGUCGUUCCUGUUGCGCCUGGGACGUCGGGAUGGGUUUCGUCACCUAGGAAGCAGGUGACAGUCGAAGUACGGAAUUCAUUGCAGCCGCGUCCUGGGGAGAUGUACUUAGCAGGCAUCCUAUUGAGUUCAAUGGCGCUUAGUUUUGGAUGCCGAAAUCAACCGGUUCAAAAAUCCAACUAAUUGGAGGGAUGGCUUCCCCCCCCCCUCUUUUGCUCUGUUUUUGGCAGCGUAUGAAUAAUUUGGGGUGAGGGGAAGUGUUAGGCGUGGCUGCUUUCUUCCAUUCUAUUAAGACUAUGGAAGCGCAGGGAGAUUCCCCUCGCUCAGUGGCUAGCUAGGAGAUUUUAUUUUAUUUAUUUGUAUCGUUUUUACCAACAGCCCAAGGCGGUGAGGACAUAUCCCAACACACCUUCCUUCUCCUAUUUCCCCCCAAACAACAACAACCACCAGUGAGUGAGAUGGGUUGGGCUUAGAAAGAGUGACUGAAAGCCCAAAGUCACCCAACUGGCUUCCCCUGCUAAGUCGCCCAACUGGCUUCCCUCUGCGCAUCCACAACCAAACUAACUUCCCCUGCUUGAUGUCUCAAUCUUCUGCUUUAAAACCUAUGCCUUAACCAUUAGACUGAACUGUCUUUUCUGAAAUGCACUGAGAGAAGAGAAACAUCACAGACAUCUUUUCACAUCACAUGGAUCAGCACAGUUUGGAUUUGGUCAGCGUCGGAGGUUGUGAUAGGCAUCUGUCAUCAACAGUGUAUAUAUGUAUAUAUUUCUCUAACCAAUGUCAGGAGAUAGUGAUGGCACCGUUAGAAGUCCCUCUGAGGGAUCUCUGUCAGGAAUUGAGAUCCUGCCAGUGCAGAAAACAUAUGUGUGUACCCUGUCUGCUGAGCUUAUUGCCAAAGCACGUGAAGAGCUGCAGGAAAAACCCGAGUGGCGGCUUCGAGAUGUUCAAGCCCUCAGAGACAUGGUGUGCAAAGAUUAUCCUAAUCUGGGGACAUGCCUAGAUGAUGCUUUCUUGCUUAGGUUCCUUAGAGCAAGGAAAUUUGAUUAUGAUCGGGCGCUUCAGCUUCUUGUGAACUAUCAUUGCUGUAGGAGAAGUUGGCCUGAGGUUUUUACAAAUCUGAAGCCAUCUGCUAUAAAGGCUGUCUUGGAAUCUGGCUUUGUCACUGUGCUUUCUCAUUUAGAUAAUGAAGGACGCCAUGUUCUCUGUAUUCGCCCAGACAAAUGGACACCAAGUAAUUAUCCAAUUACCGAAAACGUUCGUGCCAUGUACUUGACAUUAGAAAAACUCAUUCAGUCUGAGGAGACCCAAGUGAAUGGAAUUGUAAUUCUUGCAGACUACAAAGGGCUCGGUUUAUCUAAGGCAUCUCACUUUGGCCCCUUCAUAGCGAAAAAAAUGGUUGGAAUACUCCAGGAUGGCUUUCCAAUUAGAAUAAAAGCUGUUAAUGUCAUAAAUGAACCUCGCAUAUUCAAAGGCAUUUUUGCUAUUCUCAAACCAUUUCUAAAGGAAAAAAUAGUAAAAAGGUUUUUUCUUCAUGGGUCAGACUUGCAAUCUCUUCAUCACAACCUUCCACCGCGAAUUCUCCCUGAAGAAUAUGGUGGCACGGCAGGAAAGCUUGAUAUCUCUUCCUGGAAUGAGCUACUGCUGGCAUCAGAGGAUGACUUCAAGUAUGAUGACUCACAUCUGCCCUUCUCCAGUGACUGUUCACCACAUGAUCCCUUAAUGAGUGAAGAGGUCGAUGAGAACCAGCAUGAUGACUCUUUGCGAAGCUUCAAAACACAGCUCUAUUCCUGCUACUAGUCUAGCAGAUAAAGCUUCCAAAAUGUCAUCUUGCUGUUUACAAAGGGAAUAUUAAUUCUCUCAUGCUUCUACAACAUAUGUGUGUGGAUGGAUAUUACUUUACUUUGGAGCCAAAGCAAAUCUAAGUAGAAGAAAGUUGUAAGAAAGAGAGAUUCUGUGGCACACUGGCAAAUGGAAAUAUUUUGAGCAAGCAGGAGGUUAUUGUAAUUGACCCAAAGCAACUCAGAUACCACAAAUGAACCCA